UCGAAGGUUCAGUAGCCAUGGCGACGUUGCGGCGGUGGCUUGCCGCGGCGCUGGUGAUGCUCCCGUUGAGCGCGGGUCGCGGCUUCUUCCUCCCCUUGCGCGAUCCACAGAGCUGCACUGUGGCUCAGUACUUCGAUAUCGCCAGCUUAGACUGCAGACGUUGUGGGGAGUUUCAGAAGCAAAGCGCUCAGGGUACAUCAUGUGAUUGUCUUCCAGGAUUCAAAAAAGUUUUUGAUAAAGGUGGAACUUCUAUUACGUGUGAAAAAUGUCCAGAAACCAUGAAUGGAGUUACUCAAGAUGGAUGGGACUGCAUUACUUGUCCUAGUGGCUUAACUAUAGAAGGAAAAUGUAUAUGCACUAAGAAUGAGAUUCUAGUGGAAAGAAAUAUUAAUGGUUCACUACUGAAAGCUGCAUUAUGUGUUCAGUGUGAUGGAAAGGAAGAGUCAUUUUCAAUUGCAAAUGCAUUAAAUAACAUGUGCAAAAGAUGUCAACCGACAUUCAUCAGCAUUAACAAAUCAUGUAGCUGUUCUGAGCCAAAUAUUUUAACAGGAGGUUUAUGUUUCACAAGCACCGGAAAUUUCCCUCCAAAGGGAAUUACAACUGUUCGAUUUGGAAAACUAGGCAUCACAUUGAGAUCAGAAUGGUUUUAUAAAAAUCUUCAAGCAUCAGCAGCUGCUUGCUGGCUAUAUUCCAAUCUUACAUCUUGCCAAGCCUUAGGAAAUAUGUGUGUUAUGAACAUGAAUAGUUUGAACUCUGCCACUCCUGAUGCAUGUGGUUUGUUUCAAUAUGUGUUUGCAAACACGGUUGGACUUGGUACUGUUCAUUCAAUAUCAUUUUGGAGACAGUCUCUUCCAUGGCUUUUCUAUGGUGACCAACCAGGCUUAGCAUCCCAGGUUCUUGAUGGAACAGAGUUUCCUACUAGCUUCACUUUUAAAGAAAAAGAUGAGGAUGUAAAAUUAGAUUUUAUUGCAGCUUCAUACGAUGCAAUGGGAAAUUUUCUGAAAUGGCAACAUUUAGAAGAUGGUCUUUUACAGCUUUGUCCAGACACAUUAAUUAGGCUGAAUGCUGCUUAUAAGUUUGGAACAACCUACCAACAAAAGUGUACAAUUUCAGUUUCCAAAAUUUUAAAGGAUUAUGCGGAACCCGUAUUUUAUGAUAUAUUCCUCAAAUAUCACGAUGAAAAAGAUGGACAGCAAUACCUUUGGGCUGUGCCAGUGUUAAAUGUGAAUCUUAAGUAUAAUGAAAUAUUUGUGAACCAAGGCAGUAAUGUGAAUAACUGGUUUUUGACACGGCGUAUAUUAUUGGUGGAUACCUUAAGUGGACGAGAAAAUGACUUAGAAAGCCAGCCAAAAGUAAUCCGAAUUGCUAAUGAAAUAGCUAUAAGCAUUCGUCUCGUGCAGAACACUCAAAGGGGAGCCAUCUAUCCACCUCUGAUAACAGUUGCCUACAGUGAUGUUCUCAUCCAGAAUCCUAAUGCUGAGGAUGUAAUGGUUUCCUUCUCAGUCAACUAUGAAAUGAACCAGUCAGAGGCGCUCAUUCACACUGAUAUAGCAUUAGGUGUUCUGGGCGGUCUGGCAGUUCUAUGGUCCCUUCUCAAGACUGCUGGCUGGAAAAGGCGUAUAGGAAGUCCCAUGAUUGAUUUACAGACAGUUUUGAAGUUUCUGCUUUUCUAUGCCGGAGACCUUGCAAAUGUUUUCUUCAUCAUCACAGUCGGAACAGGGAUUUAUUGGCUUAUAUUUUUUAAAGCACAGCAGUUUGUCUCUGUUUUACUACCUCGGCCAAGUCAAGAAGAUAAGUUCAUUUCUUACGUUGGAUGUGCUUUUGUUCUGAAGGCGCUGCACUUUUUGCAUCUGCUUGUUUCCCAACUUACAACAGAUAUCUUUUUCAUUGAUUGGGAGCGUCCAAAAGGAAAAGUUCUUAAGGCAGUAGAAGGAGAAAAUGGCAUAAGAAGUGUUUCUGCACCAGUCAGCAUAUGGAGAACAUACUUCAUAGCAAAUGAGUGGAAUGAAAUUCAGACCAUUAGGAAAAUAAAUCCUCUCUUCCAAGUGCUUGCUGUUCUCUUCUUUUUAGAGGUUGUAGGAUUUUCAAACUUAGCCUUAAUGGAUUCAUCUUCUGGUCUAACUAGAAACCCUGAAAGUUACAGAGCACCCUGGAGCCGCAUUUUGAGAUAUGGUAUAACCACUGUACUUUGGCUAUUGAUUGCUGUAAUUCAGGUGGUCUAUUUUUCUGUCAUUUAUGAAAGAUUUAUCGAAGAUAAGAUCAGACAGUUUGUUGAUUUAUGCUGCAUGAGCAAUAUUUCAGUGUUCCUAUUGUCAGAGAGAUGUUUUGGGUAUUACAUUCAUGGGCGAUCUGUGCAUGGCCAUUCAGAUACAAAUAUGGAAGAAAUGAAUAUGAACCUAAAAAGGGAAGCAGAAAAUCUGUGUAGCCAAAGAGGUUUGUUACCAAAUACAGAUGGCCAGACAUUUCAGAUUUCCAUUUCAAGCAAAAUGAGGCAGCAAUAUGACAUGAUUCAUGAAACUUUGACAAGGAAACGUGGUCCUGUUAGGUUGCUAAAUUCUUCUGCAACCACAUUUGAGCAAAGCACAAAAGCAUACCACACUAUGAAUAAAUUUCUAAGUUCAUUUAUUGAUCAUGUUCAUAAGGAAAUGGACUACAUCAUAAAGGACAAAUUACUAUUAGAAAGAAUUAUUGGAAUGGAGUUUAUGGAACCAAUAGAAAAGAGCAUCUUUUACAAUGAUGAAGGUCAUUCUUUCAGCGAUAUUCUAUAUUAUGGCAAUGAAACUACCCUUCUCAUCUUUGAUAUGCUGUUUUUUGCUAUUGUGGAUAUGGCUACUCAGAAUUUUGUUUUAGCAGCUGUUCUUACAUAUUUACAACAAGAGAUUUUCAGGUUCAUUCGUAAUACAGUUGGGGAGAAGAAUUUAGCAUCCAAGACACUAGUGGAUGAACGAUUCCUGAUAUAAAUGGGAAAAAAAGUACUUUAUUGGACACUAUGUUGCUCUGGAAAAAAAGUUACGCAAAAGAAGAAUCUGUUUGCAGUAUUAUUUAAAUAUUAAUGUAUCCUACUUUUCUUAUGUGGCAUACUGGAAAAUCUAUUUUUGUAUGAAUUAAAUACUUUGGUACUUGUAGUACUGUAGUUCAUAAUGAAUACCAUGCUCCAGAGCACUGAUAAAAUACUACAAAAUCCUAUUGUCAAUAUUACAAAAUAAAAUUCAUGAAUUAAUUUUGUAAUUUUAUACAAACUCAGAUUUGUUACUGAAAUAUUUCUCAGCUGUGGCUGUUCUGAACAUAUGGUUUACGUAACCUUUAUGGGUUUAUAAUUUUACAGAUUUUGUGAGCUAGCUGAUUUAGAAUAUGUAAAGUAUUUAAAUACUGUUUUUAAUGUUUCUGUAAUUUUGUAUUUCUAUAAACUUUUUAUGAUUUUACUAUAUUAAAUGGGAUAUUAAUUAAAUAAUGGGGAAAAUAAAGAAACUGGAGAGUUUUGGCAGAAAAUGUUGGAAAGUACACGCCUAAGAGUGCAAGGGUUAAUGUAAUUUUUUUUCAGAGAGUUCAAGGACCACUGAACAUUUUGUAUAUUUAAACAGAAAAAACUUGGAAAAGGGGGAAAGCUAUAGUGUCCCUGGUUACAAUCAAACAAGUAUGCUGUUAUUUCUGCUUUGCUUCAUAUGUCAACAAAAGAUUCUGGAACUUGGUUACUUUAGCUGGUAGCUUUGCUGAUUUCCUGAAUAAAGGCAUGCUGGGUUUAGCCUUCCACUAAAGUAACAAAUGCUGACAAAUGCAAAAAAAAAUGCUGAUUGAAUAAAACAAAGCAGAUAUGGAAGCAAACAAGCCUCUAUUGCCUGAGCUGAGGGUCAAUAACAAGUAACCAAUCCUACACAGUGUCCUGACAAACCAAAUCAGCAUGUAACUAGCCUUGUGCAGUGAAGAAAUCACAUGUUAAUGCUUCCCAUAUAUAACAGUAUAUUUUCAGCCAAUUUACGAGAGGGAAAUUUUCCUUUCUUUUGUGCUUUAGAAUUCAUUAAGAGCUCUGAAAGAAACCAGUAUUUCUUCAUGUUCUGUAUGUGUGUCUUCAAGUCAGAUUUUGACUCCUGGAAACUGCCUGCAGUUUUCUUAGCAAGAAAAGAUGCCAUUGUCUUCUUCCUAGGGCUAAGAGAAAAUGGUUGGCCAUGAUAUGUGGAAAUGUUCUUGGGAGCAGGGGUGAAAUGUAAAAUUUGUUACUACUGGUUCUAUGGGCGUGGCUUGGUGGUGGGGGUAAUGUGACUGGGUGGGCGUGGCCAACUUUUUUUUUAACUUUUAAAAGCAUUUUUUUCUACAACCUCUUCAGCCAAAGAGGUUGUAGAAAAAAUGCUUUUAAAGGUUUCUGAUGAUCCCAGCUGAGCCACGCAAUCAUCAGAGACUUUUUUUUUCUUUUAAAAGCAUCUUUCGGCCAAAGAAAAAAUGCUUUUAAAAGUUAAAAAAUAACCACCACUGAUAAUUGCGCGAAUCAGCUGGGCAUGGUGGGGGCAGGGAUUUUUGCUACCGGUUCUCUGAAUCACCCGCCGCCAUCACUCCCAGAUCGAGUGAUCCAGUCCAAACUGGGAUCAUUUCACCCCUGCUUGGGAGACAGACAAGGGAACAGUUAGAUAAAGCCUAUUUUAAUCUACUGCAGGAAUGUGGGUAUGGCAAAUGUCUCAGAAGGGACCAUUCUUAGUUUCUUGAGCUACUCAAGAAAGACUGAGGAAAAGGUGUACUUUCAAACUUGCAAGAUUCUGUUAAUAUAACCUUAAAAUAAAGUAAA